UAUAACAAAAAUAUUACGCAACACCAUACAGACUCCUGCGUUAAAAGAGUUUACACUGCCAGCUUUUGUGUCAUUUACUGUUUCCAAUAACCUUCUGUCCUGUCACUCUUCUGUUCUAUUCCUUUGGUUUUAUUUAUCUUUGUUCAGUCUUACAGAAAACGUUUUCUUUGUGGCCGCAACAUGGCUACGUAUUGGAGCUUCAUGGGGUUGUAGUAGUAGGUACCGGGUAGAGUCAGUUUUGGAUUUUGAAGUCGUGUUUAGUUGGGGACUUGGGGUCGUGAAAUGGGUGAUGAAGAGAUGGUUUCGGUGCUCCAGGGGAUGCUCAAGAGUUUAUGUUGCAGUAAUGGGUGGUCUUUUGGUGUUUUUUGGAGUUUUGAUGAACGAAAUCCCAUGUUUUUGACUUUGCAAGAUGCCUACUAUGAAGAACAAAUGGCCACAGUGGUUGAUAAAAUGCUCUUAGAAGUUCACAUGCUUGGUGAAGGAGUAAUUGGUGAAGUUGCUUUCACUGGGAAGCACAGAUGGAUGCUCUCUGAUGCUGUCGUUGGAGACCGGAACUCCAUUUGUUCUAUAGUAAGUCAAGAUGCAUUUCAGGACGAUUCAGGCUUUCAUCACCUAUUUUCAUCUGGAAUACAGACAAUUGCGGUAAUCUCUGUGGAAUCAAGAGGAGUGGUGCAGUUUGGAUCAACCCAAAAGCAGAUGUUGGAGAGAUUGGAAUUUUUGGACCAGACGCAAAAAUUGUUACAGAAGAUGGAAAAUUCUGAAGGGCUUAUCCUAUUGGAAAACUUGCCAUCAUCUCUGAACAGGGAAACAGAUGAUUUAAAUGCAAUCUUUGCUUCCAUAAUUUCAUCUGGAAAUUCCUUCAGUGACAACUUUGCUCCUGCACAUGAUGGCAGCUCUAGAGAGCUGAAGGGAAACCCUUCUUUGUUAGCAGAUCUUAAUCAUUCCUCCACUUUCACAUCAGAGAUUGACCACAGAAUUAUCAACUCAUCUCAUCUUUGUAAUGAAUUCCAAAUUCCCGGCAGAGAAGCUCAAGCCCUAUCAUCUGAGAAAACUGAUGCUGUGUACCAGCCACUCUUCUUACCAUCUGCCUCUGUUAAAAACUUGGUUGCCAGUACCCCCUGCAUUAGCACAUGGAGUAAUGAAGAUUCUUUUUUGACUUCCUUUGAACAACUAUUUCCUUCUGAAAGUGUAAUUCAGGAUUCAUCAAACUUAUAUUCUGCAAAAGCAACUGCUCUUCUCCAUAAUUCUCAGGGGGAGUCAAGAUUGACUUCAGCAUACAGCACAGAGGGAUUGCUUGAUGUAGAAAAAAAGAUUCCAGGCAGUAUAGGGAAGAUGAUGGACAGCCAGCACUAUGCUCAAUCAUCCCCAGAAAAUAAAGCUAAACUUCCGGAGAUGACUACUAAUCUACCUGGAUUGCCAGAGGAGUUUAAGCCAACAGAUUUCUCAAACUCCUAUGAAGCGGAAGAUCUGUCUCAGUUUUUAAGUCCUUCACAAGACAAUAUCCUGAACAGAACGGGAAACACAACAAACAAUAAUCUUUUGAAGUCAAUUGCAUCUAGUUCAGUUUCAUCCAGUAUGGUUCAUGGCAAUGUUUCAGUUGACAUUUCAACCAAACAUCCAUCUAACUCUGUGCAAAGUUCAAUCAGUGAUGCAUUUGUAUCUGGUGGACAAGAGAAGUUUGCAAUUGUUCAUGAUGUGCAAAAAUAUUUGUUUGAAGGUUUGGGGCUGGAUUUUCUAUGUGAGCGAGCAGGGGAGUGCUUGGAAGAUUACAUAAAGCCUGUAGUCGGUGGUGAUCAUUCAUCUGCUGGCGCUGGUAUGACAGAGUGUGUAACUGACUUGGAUGUUGGUUCCACAGGUGGUCCCUGGAAAGGACUAUUCUCUCAGUUAGGGCUUGAAGAGAUUUUAAGUGGUGUUAGUAGUUCUAGUUCUGUGACUCGAUGUAGUUUUGAGGAUCAACUAUCCUCCACCAAAAGAAGGAAAAUGGAAAGUUCUUUCUCUAAUGCUAAUCAAAUUCCAUUGACAAAGCUUUCUUGCUGUGAUGGAAGCAUGGGUUUAGUUCAGCCUUUCUAUAACCAGGAGAUGCACAAUCUUGUGCACAAGAAAGAUUUUUUACUAAAAUCACAAGUAGGUUUAUUGAUUGAUGAUAGCUAUAGCAUCAAUGCUGAACAUUCUGCUGUAGCGCCAGCUAAGAAGCCUGAAAAACCUUUGAAGGUCAUCAGGAAAAGAGCUAGACCUGGGGAAAGUACCCGUCCCAGGCCCAAAGAUCGACAACAGAUCCAAGACCGUCUCAAGGAAUUGAGAGGGAUCAUCCCUAAUGGUGUAAAGUGUAGCAUUGAUGCUUUGUUGGAUCUCACUAUCAAACACAUGCUUUUCUUACAAAGCAUAACAAAAUAUGCAGACAAGCUGAAAGAAGCCAAUGAGCCAAAGAUGAUUGGCAAGGAGAAGGGAGUACUUCUUAAAGACAACAUGUCUAGUCCAAUAGGCAGUGGUGGUGCUACAUGGGCAUUUGAAGUAGGGGGCCAGAGAAUGGUUUGCCCAAUAAUUGUCGAGGACUUGAGUCCACCUGGUCAAAUGCUCAUAGAGAUGCUUUGUGAGGAUAGAGGAUUCUUUCUAGAAAUAGCAGACAUAAUUAGGGGUUUUGGUUUGAAUAUCUGGAAGGGAGUGAUGGAGAUUAGAGAGGAUAAAAUAUGGGCACGCUUCAUAGUCGAGGCAAACAGAAAGGUAACAAGGAUGGAUAUAUUUUGGUCCCUUGUUCAACUUCUACAACAAACAUCCACCUUGAGAACGGAUUCAACCAAUCAGCAGAGUAAUGCCAUGGAUGUUGGUAUUCCUCUGAUGCCUGUAGCUGCGUCCAAUCAGCUUGGUUGAGACACUUCGAUGAUUGAGCACAUCAGAAAACGGUUUCAGAGAUACCUUGAGCAUGCACUUAUCGAGAGCCUGCGGUGAUUGGUGUUCUGAAAAUUGAAGAGCUAGCUAGAGCUAUAUAGCCUAAAGGUGGUUCUUCUUUCCACAUCAUACAUCUUGGAAAUGAAGAUGGAAUGUGCAUAAAGUUAACAGGUCCUAGGAUAUACAUUGCCUUAAACAAAGUCCUGAUUUAGAGAAAGGAUUUUUAUACGGAGCAUGCCUUAGCCUUACACAGGAAGCAGAACCCACUGUAAAAACUUGUCUUGCAUGCAAUAUGCUCUGGUUUAUGUCAGGUUACAUAUGACAGACAAACAUGACACAUGACAUGAGUGAGCUGAAGUAUGUUGUUUCUUGUUUCUUUCUGGUCGGUCUUGCAAUAACUUCUUAAUUGUUCAUAAUUUGAAGUUGUUUUUUAAGUUA